AUGGCCGCUUAUCUUCACAAAGAGCCUGCGGGCGUUGAGCUCAAGGAAGUUGAUGGCCAUAGCUCCCCAGAUACCUCGAAGGUGUUCGACAAUGAGGUUAGCAAUGUGCCAGAGAAGUACAGAGGUACGAAUGCCGACGCUCGAGACAUGAGUGUUUUGGGCAAGAAGCAGGUGUUGCGCAAGCUGCUCAGCUAUUACGCCGGCUGGCUCACCGGUCUAGGCUGGCAGGUAUACCUUGCUUCUGUGGCCUUUUUGGUCGGCACUAUCAUCCAGGGUCUGAUUGCUUUGAACGUGCCCACCUACGUCUGGCAAAAUUGGCACGGUACUCUGCUGGCCAUUGCCGUGGCUGUAUUUUCGAUCGCCUUUAACACAGUGCUGGCGUCGCGACUACCACUUACUGAAGGUCUGAUUCUGAUUCUUCACAUCACUGGCUUCUUCGCUAUCAUCAUCACUCUCUGGGUUAUGGGACCUCGCGGCGAGCCUCGUGAGGUCAUCCUCACAUUCACCAACAACGGAGGUUGGGCCACCACUGGACUUUCGUCAAUGGUUGGCUUGCUUGCACCUAUUGCUGUUCUCGUCGGCUAUGAUUGUUCAGCUCAUAUGGCUGAGGAGAUCAAGGACGCAGCCACCACAUUACCCAACGCUAUCAUGGCUUCAGUAGCUCUCAACGCCACGCUUGCCUUCAUCAUGAGUGUUACGCUCAUCUUCACAGUCGGCGAUAUCGAGAGUGUCUUAUCCGGAGUCACCGGCUACCCAUUUAUUCAGAUCUUUUUCAACGCGACGCAGAGCUAUGCUGCCACAAACGUCUUAACAGCGAUUGUCAUCAUCAUGUUGACGGGUUGCUGUAUCUCUGAGCUUGCUGCCGCAUCACGUCAAGUCUGGUCAUUUGCCCGAGAUCAAGGUCUGCCUGGCUGGUCCUGGCUUUCGCAGGUGUCACCUGGUUGGAAUAUUCCACUGCCAGCUGUCAUCGUCUCCUUGGUGAUCACGGCACUUCUCGCCUGUAUCAACAUCGGUUCUUCUGUCGCUUUGAAUGCCAUUACAUCUCUUGGCGCACUUGCAACACUGUUCUCCUACUAUCUUACAAUCAGCUGCAUCGUCUGGCGAAGACUCACUGGUCCACCGCUGCCGCAUCGAAAAUGGUCACUGGGCAGCUGGGGUCUUACCGUCAAUGUUGCAGCUUUACUUUUCCUUACACCUCUGAUAUUCUUCAUCACUUGGCCUUUGGUGACGCCAGUUACGGCAAGUACAAUGAAUUGGUCCAGCGUCAUGUUGAUCGGAGUCUUCAUUAUUUCGACCAUUUAUUAUUUCGUGAAAGGCAGGAAGGAGUACGAAGGUCCAGUCGUAUGGAUGAACCGGAACGACGAAUAA